AUGGCACUCCCCACUACACAACACAAAACCAAAAUUCAACCAGCUCCCAAGAAGCGUCAAGUCUCCAAAGGUACUAGAACACCAACUGGUGAAGGUACUGGAAGCCUCCCACUAGCCCAACAUGACCUUCCCACAAUGAACAGGAAAAAGAAUAAUGAAACUGUUUCAACAAAUGAAACUGAAAGGUGGCAAACCCUACCAUUCCACCUUACAGGGAAAAGGAUUCCCUCCAACCUCAAGCAGAGCCAAAUCACCAGCUAUCCCAUAUUUGUGGGCCAGAAGGAGAAUCCCAUUGUGAUCAGGUCUGAUCCCCAUCCUGAUCCAGAAAUCUCCCAGCCAGGCAAUGGGAUGGAGAUGGGGUCCAAGCAACUUGCUCCUGACAAAUCUCCUAUAGAUAUAGAUUCUAGUUCGGAUGAGGAUAUACCUUUGUCAAAACUCCUCCCCAGAGAAGGCAUGUCUCAUCCACCAAGCCGUAGCAUGGAACGAGUUUAUCCGAUCUCACCUGUCAAGAGACCACCUUGUCCGACCGAUUUUGCGCCACCACGAUUUGUGCAUGCAUCUACACAGACCGACUUUCAGCCAUUGGUUUCCACAACUGUACAUGCAUCCACCCAAACAGCUUCCAGUCAACAAUACUGUACUGAAAUGGUCAUGCUAAAGAGCCCAACCCCUGUGGCCCCACAGAUUCAAGAUCGACCGGCAAAAAGAGCUGACAAAGGUUGGAAUUCUCAGCCCAUUAAGAGGCUUAAGAACUGGAUCACACCUGGAGCAGAAAAUCAAGAGAAGGCCCUGGUGAAGUAUGUGGAGGUUGGAUCAUCACACAUCAAGGACAAACCUAAGUUGAUUGCCUGGGUAGAUAAAAAGCAAUCUGCUGGUUCCAUGAUGGACAUACUGUUUAUGGAAUUUGAAAAAGAAUUGCUGGCAAACCAAGCCAGCCAUGUUAUAUGCCCUGAUUCUAUCAAACAAGAACCAUUAGACUAA